AUGAAGACAGCGAAGGCGACAGCCAGCCCAACUGUGCCCCCGCCUGCCCUUCUGUCCACGCACAAACCAGCGAGUACCCUGUCCCCAGCAGAGGCCGGGGCUGGGGAGAGGGCGCGGAGGCCGCCAAGGCGCUGGGCUUCUCCCCUAAUUCUCACAACUGCCUCACCUGGGCACAAGGGACCCCUGCGCACCUCAGGCUGUCCCCGGUCCCUGCCAGGGGCAGUGGGGAGGCUUUACGCUGAGGAGCGGGAGCCCAUGAAACACAUCAGGGCAGUGGCCCCCAGGCUGCGGUGCUCUCCUCGGGAACGCAGACAAGGGGGCUCCGUCCACAAGGGCUUUCUGGGGACCCGGCCUCGUCCCUCCUGGAACCUGGCUGGCCCCCAGGUGGCGUUCGGUCAAGGCCGCUUGCCCCUCCUGGAGCUCGCGCUGAGGUGGGGUGGCAGCUUCCUGGGGGACGCUGCCAGUGCCAGCAGACGGCAGCAAAAUGAAGGAAAACCACCUCGGCUGUCUAUUUUGUUUCCUCCCAGGGGAAGCAGAAGUGGGAGCUGUGGCAGAGCUCUACUGCUGCAGGGAGCCUCCCAGGAGAUGGAGAGGUUAGACAUGAAUGCCUCCAAGGGAGAAAGUGUCUGCCAUUUCCAAGAGAAUAAAAUCUACCUCUCCCUGAGCUACAUCAUGAUCUUUGUCCUGGGGCUGCCCUUGAAUGGCACUGUCUUAUGGUUCUCCUGGCAGCAAACCAAGCGCUGGAACUGUGCCACCAUCUACCUGGUGAACCUGAUGGUGGCUGACCUGCUCUAUAUCCUGACAUUGCCCUUCUUCAUCAUCACCUACUUCGUGAAUGACAGCUGGCUUUUUGGGGAGCUGCUGUGCAGGCUGGUGCGCUUCCUGUUCUAUGCCAACCUGUAUGGAAGCAUCCUCCUGCUGACCUGCAUCUCUGUGCACCGCUUCCUAGGCGUGUGCCACCCACUGCGUUCGAUGCCCUACCGGACCCAUAAGCAUGCCUGGCUGGGUGCUGCCACCACAUGGGUCCUGGUGGUCCUCCAACUACUGCCCACACUGGCCUUCUCCCAAACAGCCUAUGUCAAAGGUCAGGUGAUCUGCUACGAUACGACCAUCCCAGAGAACUUUGGCCCCUUUUUUGCCUACGCCAUGGCUCUGACCUUGUCUGGCUUUGUUCCCCUCCAUGGUCAUUUUGGUGUGCUACUCACUGAUGGUCAGGAAACUGACCAAGUCAGAGAUCCUCACGAGAGCUGGCCAGGCAGCCCGGGCCAAGUCCAUUCGGACCAUCCUGCUUGUGUGUGGCCUCUUUGCCCUCUGUUUCGUACCUUAUCAUCUCGCCCGCACCUUCUACCUCUUUGUCAUCUUCCUGGCUUCAGAGGACUGCGGGCUUGUGAAGGCAACCAGCAUGGCCUACAAGAUGUGGCGGCCUCUGGUGAGCAUGAGCACCUGCCUCAAUCCAGUCUUAUACUUCCUAUAGCAGGCAACAACAGAGUCAGGCUUCUCCAGAAACUGAGGGGGAACAAGGUGGAUGAGCAGCCAGCCACAUCAAAGGAGACGUGCCCAGCGGUGGGCAGAUCUGGGUGCUGCCAAGCUGAAGUUUGGGGGAAACAGACUCAUUGA